UAGCCUGGAAGGAAUCGCCUGGAGGAGUCAGGAUUCCCGCUCCCCCCCCUCCCCAAUCUCCUGCGGGCGUUGCUGAGCAACCGACAAGAGGGAAAGGCAGCGGCCUGGACUUCCGCCGGGCUUCUAGUUACUUCCGAUAUCUAAUUGAAAUAUGAUGUAUUGAAAAACAAACCAUUGCUGUGAAAGCAAUGGACGAGCCAAGAGUUGCUGAGACGGAUCGGGAACCAGGAGGAACGGAAAAAAACACCAGUGGAGUUUAUCACCAACAUAAGACGGAGCGCCUGGGAUGGGGAGCGUCCCAACCUUGCCGAAGGGAGACCCGUCACAGGAUGCAGGGGCGCUGGGAAGCGCAGCUCCAGCAGUUCCUGAAAUCUGUGCAGCCCAUUUUAGCAGGACGGGGAAGCUCUGGGACGUCGGAGGCUUCUCCCUGGGAGGACACCAAGGAGUUUCUGGCCUCCUUUGAGCAAGUGGCCAAAGCUUGCCGAUGGCCUCGGGACCAGUGGGCGGCCCAUCUCCUGCCAGCCCUGAGCGGAGAAGCGGAAGAGGCCUUCCGAGGCCUGGAAGCCAGAGAGCAGGAGAGCUAUGAGAAGGUGAAGGCCGCCAUCUUACGGGCGGAAGCCCUGAGAACGGAGAGGCAGCGGCAGCAUUUUCGGCAGUUCUGCUGCCAAGUGGUAGAGGAUCCCCGGAGGAUCCACAGCCAACUCCGGGAGCUUUGCCGCCAGUGGCUGAAGCCGGAGAGACGCACCAAGGAGCAGAUCCUGGAGCUGCUGAUCCUGGAGCAGUUCCUGGCCAGUCUCCCACCGGAGCUGCGGAGUUGGAUCCAAGCCAGGAGGCCGGAGUCAUGUUCCCAGGCGGUGGCCCUGGUGGAGGACUUCCUGAUGAGUCAACAGGAGGCCAAGACCAGGAUAUCUCAGAGUCCAUUCAAAGAAGAGCCGGUGGACUUCCCGGUAGCAGAGAACGAGGAGGCCCUGAAUGCCGCAAAGGGACCAGUCCGUGGUGAACCUGAGCCAGAUGUGGAUGCCAAAUUGCUGGUCAAUGGAUUCAAACCUCCGGGUCUCUCUCUUUUGCUAACUCCUCCUGAAGAAGCAAAGACUGAAGGGAAAGAGGGCUCCAGGGAUUUCAAGGAAACUGGAGGGUCUCUGCAAAUCGUCAAGCAGCGCCUGACCCAACCAGGCCUCCAACAGACGACGCUCUGGCAAGUCCUGCAGGAGGCCGACGCCGCCACAGACAGAGAUCCAAAGACAGGGAAUGAAAUGGGAGAUUACAUCAAAGUUGAGAUUGCUCGGGAUGGAGAAAGUGAAACGGAAGAUGCUUGCAGGACGGAGCCACAGGCCGGCUACAGCCACGUGCCUGUAAAAGGCGAGAAGCCGGGCGGAAGAUCCGAGCCACGAAAGCCGCAAGACGGAACAGAAAAGGAACGUCGUGAGCAGGCCGUUCAUCGGAAGGGAUACCAGAGGACUCCCCUUCCACAUUCCUUUCCUAGGGAGGGCAGUCAUGGGGUCCCGAAACUCCUCUCGGACAAACCACCCUCCCUAAAGAGACCCCGCACCAGUCCGGAGCACAGCGUGGUGUGGGACCACUUUGAGUUGGAUUCCGAGGACCCCUGCUACGGCGUCUGCGCCCAUUGCAAGAGGCGGAUCAGCCGAGGCAGGAAUUCGAAACGUUUUUCGACGUCGGGGCUGCUGAAACAUCUGCAGAGGCAUCACGCCAACUUUGUCCCAGCUGUCGUUACCGUGCCUCAAACUGCGUUGCCAGCUAGCAGAAAGGCGAAGGGAUCUGUCCUGCCGCAGUGCUGGACGGUGCAGAAGUCGCCCGGGAAAAGGCAGGCAGGUCCAAAGCCACUGGAAGCGCCCUCUGCUGUUGAUCAGACGGUGGCUCUGGAUGACCAGCCCUUCCGCCUGGUGGAAGAGGCAGGUUUCCAGCACCUCCUGAAGUUGCUUGCCCCCAACUAUAAAAUCCCAUCCUGUACCGCCUUCAGCAGACAGAUUGUGCCCUCCCUCCAUCAGGCCUGUAGGGAGGAGGCCUUGGGGAUGCUUCAAACCCCAGGACCCGCUGCCAGCGUGAACAUAAACUCUGAUGAAUGAAUGAGAGAGCCUGUUUUCUUCCUUCCUUUGAUCUUCCGUUGCUCCUGUGAGCACCUGUAGGGGGCCCAUUGCUGGUCGGUGGUAGCGUAACCCAUUUUAAUUCACCGAUUAAAUCCAUCACACCCCCAUAAUUGAAAUAAUAAUAGGUAAACGCGUCAGCCAAAUAUAGAAAAGCAACGGAAAAUGUGAAAUAAACUAUGCCUUGUAUA